GGGUCGGGACGCAGCAGCGAAGCCGCGGGCGCAGCAGCAGCGAGGGGACGCGGGCGAGGAGCGCUCCGUCCCGCCGCAGCGGUCGGGGCCGAGCGGGGCCAUGCUGGGCCGGCGGCGCGUCUUCGCAGUGGAGCCACUGGGCGGCCGGGAUGGAGCUGGCGAGAACCUGGCCCAGGGCUGUGUUGUGCCUGGAGUCACCAGCACCUACAGACGGAUCCUGGAUGCCUCUCAGGGGUGCUCACUGGGCUCAUGGAAGGGGGACGGCGAGGUGAAGGGUCUCCGGGGUCAGGUGCCACUUCUCAAACUGGCCUCCCGGGACUCCGGAGUGGAGAUGGCAGUUGGGGACAGCUCUCAGACCACCUCGCCGGGCCUUUCUGAAGAAGCUCUGGACUUUGAGCCUGUGGGGAGCCCAGAGCCUCUGGCCCUGCCCAUGGAGCCUCCUGCCCACCUGGGCCGGCUCCUGGCCAGCCAGAAGCUAGAGCAGGUGCUGGAUCGGUCCAGCCAGCUCCCAACUUCGCCUGUCAGCUUGUCACAACACCGCCACUCCUCAAAGAUGACAAGGAAGCCUCAGCACGAAGUGCCCCUUUUUGGAGCAAGAGACCAGCAGGCCACCAGUGCAGAAACUGACCAAGAGGCAGGCCCAGAAGAAACAGAGGUGGUGAGGGGCGUGGGGCCUGAAGCCUGGGCCUGCCUCCCAGGACAGGGUCUUCGCUACCUGGAACACCUGUGCAUAGUGCUGGAGCAGAUGGUGAGGCUCCAGCAACUCCACCUGCAGCUGCAGACUCAGAGGCUCCCUGGGGUGAGUGAGCCAUGUGGUGCUGGUGGUGGGGGACAGGACCCUGCUGAGGAAGAGCCGACCCUGGUGCCUCUGCCUCCACCUUCUCACACCCCAGGCAGUGGGGUACACGGGUCCUGUGAGUUGCUCAGCCAGACAGAGGAGACAGGUGUGGGGCGACUGAGGCUCCCUCCCAGUCCUGCUGGUCUGGGGCCCCAGGCAGACCCCCUAAGCCCCGGGCUUGACUGGUGUGUUCCUGUUCUUGGACCUGGGUCACCGGAUUCUCUCUCUGAAGGAGCAAAAAGACCUUCACUCCCGAAGGGGGCGAUGCCCAGUGCCCAGCCUUCUGGGCUGUCAGAGGCCCCCACAGGCCCAGCUCAUGACUUUCCAUGCUCCCGGAGUCACAAGCGGGAUCUCUCCCACUGGAACAAGGUCAAGGUCCUUCUCAAUGGGAUUCGCUGGAGGAGCUCUCAACACCCUGGGCCCCCCACCCCUCCUCAUGGCCCUGACUCCAGGAUUGGGUCAAGGGACUUCCCUGAAAGACCUCCAUGUCGCCCCCUCCAGAAGACAUUUAUGCCAUCGGUAGUGGUGAAGAAGCAACGAGCAAAAAACCUUUCUGUCUGCUGAGACCUGAUGCAGGUGUGCCCCUGUGUGGAGGGGUGUGCAGUGAAGUCUUCUUCUUUGCCCUGUCGCUGUUUUGGGGCACUGCCAGAGAAAACUGCCAACGCUUGCCCUUCUCUCUGAGGUGAGGGCUGAGUCCUUCUCUUCUGAGCAGCUUGGCAGGGGAGCCUGGGUUCCCCGAGAGACCCCAAGGUGUGGCAGCCCCUGGGCACCUCCUCAGCUGCCAGAAAUCCCUGAGCCUAGACAAUGGGAACCAAUUCCUCAGGCACCCCUGGAGCGUGUUUGGCAUGGUGAUGUGUCGGGGCCCAACCUGCUGCAGAUAUGUCUGUAUGCAAAACGAUACAUGCACAGAUCUCUGUGAGACUGUCGCAGUUGUGAACUGACUGGAUCCAGCCAGCUCUCCUGAAUCACACUCAAAAAGCUGGUCUUCUGGGUGAGGUAGCUGCAGAGGGAGGGAACUGACUGACCUUCAUGCCUCAGUGCACAGUUGCUGGUCCUGGAGCCCUGCUUUUCUCCUCAUCGCUGCGUGGGAAGCCCCAGCACAGAGAAGGGCACUGCCUCGGCUGUCUCCACAUUUAGUCUAGUCCAUGGAGCUGUGGCUCUGAAGACUGCACCAGGAAUGGGAGGGUUCAGAAAAACAUGGGGACUAGCAGAGUAACCAGCAGGGUCUAUUCCUACCUGCCUUGCUCCUUACUAGCCUUAACACACCAGAGCUGAAACUGGAGGCCCAUACUAGCUUUUAGACCUGGACAAAGUCCCUUAACUUUUUUGAGCUGUAGCUUCCCACUUAAUCUCCCAAAUGGUAUCAUGAUGCCUGACCUACCUACCUCACCAGCUUGUUAUGAGGAUUAAAUGAGAUUAAACUGUCUCAAAGUG